GUCCGAGAGUCUGAAAGGGAGUGUCCAGCUGAGUUCUGGCUGGCAUUUCUAGCACAUCCUUCAGAAUCCCGGAGUUUGCGCAGAAACCAGAUGAUUACAGCAUUCUUCAAACCAGUUUUAAGUCAAGACCGUGGCCAUAAAGACAGAACUGUGCUGUCCUCACCAGACAAAGGAAAUGUAAAAGAUGAAGGAGUGGGACUGUCAGUUUUACGCACUGAAGGUUUUGAAAGGAAUUCAUCUUCUCCGAAGAAGGGAAAUGGAUGUCCUAUAAGAAAAAUAACAUCUUUUGGUUCAAGGGAGAUUGCCUCAGAUGACCCAUCUCAACCAAGGCUAACACAAGUUUUAGAACAUGAGGCAUCAUCUCCACAUGCAUUUAGAACAUCAUCUGAAAUGGCUUCUGGUGCUCCAAAGAGCCCAGCUGUUCCUUCACACUUCCUCAAGGUGUCCUUUGGGCUAUCCAAACCAAGAGACUCUCCUGGGAAAAGAAAACACACUGCCAUGAGUGUGGAUGUAGGUAGUUCAGAUCAAUCUGAAGUGAACGACCCUGCUUUUAGUAUAUCGACUUCAAAAUGCAAAAAUAGGAGAUGUGACUUUGUAAAAAAUGUCUUUUUGAAGUCUCCUCAUGAUGAUGUUCUGCAGCUCAAGGAGACUGCUGCUCUGUCUAGGCAUGAUUUGACUCUUUCAGAGGAAUUCCUCAACUCAAGCAAUGAAAAGGAGAAAAAUAAUUACUCCACUGUAGGUUUGGCAUCUUCAUAUUCUGCACACAGUCCUGCUAAAAAUAACCACAUUUCUGUUGUGGAUACCAAAGAGAAUCAAUUGCAGCUGGCUAACUCGUGCUUUUCCUUGGAUAAGUCCCUUCCUUUUUCUCAGGAAAAAACUACUGUAUUGCCUUCUCCCCACCACUCAACACAAACAAAAGGCACAAAAUCCCCUCUCCAGGUUGCUGGCUUAUCUCAGGUAUUGGAUGUUAGGAAAGAGCAAGAUAAAAGACCAGAAAGACAUGAACGGAAUAAAGGAUACAGUAUUCAACCCAGCAACACUUUUCCAAAUACAAUCCAUGAGAUUUCUGAAAAUGCUCCUGAUAAUUGUAGAAUGGAAAACUCUGGGAAACAUGGACUGUCCCCAGAGAAUGGUAAAAGUGUUCCCCCUUUGCCUGUGAAAGAGUCUUUCAUGGACAGUAACCACAAGUCUUCACAAACGUCAGGAGAACUAGAAGUUAAAAGGAACUUUACACCCAAGUUGAAGCUGAACAGAAAAUGGCAAAGCAGCUCUGAGAGUGAAGAUGACAUUUUGGAAUCUAUUCUAGUAGAUGAUGAUGAUGAUGAUGAAGAAGUAGUAUUAAUGCCACUGCAAAAAAUGCUAGGUUCAAGUCUUAAACCACAGACAAGAGCCCUGGAAGACUCUUUUGAUGGUGUUUCUCAGGACACUGUAACUCCAUUACUGAACCUUCAUCUUUCUAAGACUCCUGUUAUAAGCAAGGUGUCAUAUGUGAACAGCUUAGAUCAUCUCUUGAAGGAGAAAGAAGAAUCUAGAAGGUUAGAGGAAAUAGAGAAAAUUCUACAGGAAGACAUAGAAAGAGAGGACAAUGCUUCAGAUGGAGAAAAUGAGGACAAUGCCAGUGGAGAUGAUCUCUUGGAAGAACACAGGGCAUUUAUAAAGAGAUGCUCAGUAGUAAGUUAUGUCAUACCUGACAAACACCCUGGAGAAGAUUUAUUUGAUUUAUCAGCUGCUGGGAACAUCUUCACUCAACAUGACCUUGACUUGAGGAAUUUUCACUUCAUCCCUCAAAAUCGUGUAGAAUAUCUGCUUCUUAAUUCUGGUCUAACACAGCAGCUUUUUUUAGUUGUUAAUGGUGUUCUAAGUUCUGCUUACUGUGCUACAUUGUGUCCUAUACCAAUUCUAAAGUGGCUUUUCCAGAUGAUGUCUAUUCAUCCUGACCAUUGUGUUUCCACCCAGAUCUUAAGCAGAUUGAUGGAGUUAACACUAAAAAACUCUUCCAUCAAUGAUCAACAGUUUAAACCAUGGAUUCCUUCAAUAGCUGAUAUAUCAGCUGUUUUUGUCAAUAUGGGUAUUGAGUUCAGAUCUCUCUUUCCAUUGCAACAUUUUCAACCCCCCUUCAAUGAGCAUGAUAUUUUAAGUCAGGUGCAAGAAACAGUGAGUCAAAAGCAGCCAAGAGGAGAUGUAGCCAGUCCAGCGUUCCCCAGUCUACUUGAAAACAAUUUAAUUAAUGUGAUUAAGUUUCUAGUUUUCUGUACAUCAGUAAUUCAAGAUGGUUAUACCGACCAAGAAAUAUGGCUUCUGCUUGUAUUGCUAUUUAAAAUAAGCUUGGAGAAACAGUUAAAACAACAUUUUGUGGUAGAUUUUCAGUGCCUUUUUGUAAAGCUUCUGAUGAGUAUAAAAGACUGGGAUACAAAGAUGCCUGAGCUGUGCCUGGCAGUGAGUGAGCUCUCCAAUAAUCACCACAACCUCCUGUGGCUUGUUCAGCUGGUGCCCAGCUUGACUGCACGUGGACGGGAAGUAAAAAGACGGCUUAGCCUAGUGAUAAUUGCAAAACUUCUUCAUAAAAGGCACGUAGAAAUAUCUGAUGACAUUGAAGAGCAGAUGUUUCUUCUGCACCACUUUCUGGUGUGUAUGAAACCUUCUUAUCUACUGAAGAAGAUGAGAGAGAUGAGAAAAGGACAGGAGGAGCAUAAAGAUGAUGAAGUUCAUGCAGAACUAGAACAUGAGGUGUACUACCUAGUCUAUGUCCUACUUUAUCUAGUCAGUGAAGCCAGUCUCCUUGAUGUUGUAAAUUCUAGUCAAAGGCAACACUUACUGAAGCUUUGUCGUGCCUUAGAUAAGCACGUGAUAGGUGAUAUUCGGGAAGAUGCAAGAAGGUUUUAUCGGUCUAAGGUAAGAGGCUUGGCUGCAAGGAUAUAUGGGAAAUGGCAGGAUGUGAUACAAACCACUCGGCUUACUCAGGGAAAACUGCAUGACUUCUGGGAGCCACAUUCAUGACAUCUUGCCUAGUUGAGGGAAAGUAACAGAAACUGAAAUCAAGGAGGAUGGAGAAUGAAUGGAGCUUCACUUUGUUUGGAAUAGAAGAAAUCAGUCAUCUAAGAGCUUGAGCUUGAUUCAGACCAGCACUACACACAUGAGAAUUGGCUAUGACGAACACUGUUUUUUUACUACAAGUGCUCUACUUCUGAAAAAUUGAAAUGGAUUAACUGAAAAAAAAACCCCAGCCAUUCCUAUAGCCCUGUCAGAACUGGCUAAAAAUAUUUUACUAUGUUGAAAGCUGAGGGAAGUUUCCUUGUUUCCCUUGUUAAUCACAAGACAUAUUUGGGAACAGUACAUUUUUAUUUUCUUGCCAGCACAUACCUGCGAGCAUUGUUUUAGGUUGGCUGGGAAGGAACUGCCCUGUGACAGGAAAUGUGAGUUCAGAAGGAGUGUUAGACCUCCCCUGUUGUGAGCAGGUGAGGAAGUGGUUCAGAUAUGGGCUGAAUCAUGGUAAUCUGCAAAGCAGAAUUGGUAUGAACAUCCAGUGUCUUGUAAAAAU